AUACUUCAAAAUUUCCUACUCUUGGCUUGAAUUUAAUAUCACUUUUGUUUGGACUGCUAUGAAACCACCACCAAUCUCGAGCGAACACCGAUCAAACCCUAACAUUUCAACUUUUCCAUGAUUUCAAAACUUAUAUUUGCAGGCAUCAAUCACAAAUGUUAGCUUUCUUCUAGUCAACCCAUGAGUUUUACAGUGUAUGUACUAAGUACGAAAAGUCAUCAACGUGAUGCAUUGAACAUAUAUACUUCUUAAUGCUUUCUAGAUUUUUUCGAGGAGUUUAUAUAAAGAAGGCAAUAAGGCUCAUCCUCCCCACAAGGAUGCUUGGUGUGAAGAAAAAGAUGGAUAGCAAUCAUAGCAUAGCCAAAAAAUGGAAGCACCUAAGCGGCGAAAACAAAUGGGACGGGCUAUUGGAUCCUCUAAACAUUGAUCUCCGUCGAUACAUAAUCCACUACGGAGAAAUGGCUCAAGCUACUUAUGAUGCCUUCAACUCAGAGAAGACAUCAAAGUAUGCUGGAAGCAGCAGAUAUGCCAGAAAAAACUUCUUCUCCAAAGUUGGUUUAGAGAAAGGCAACCCUUUUAAGUAUAAUGUGACUAAGUUUGUGUACGCAACGUCGCAGAUUCAAGUCCCUGAGGCCUUCCUCAUUAAGUCUUUGUCAAGGGAGUCUUGGUGCAAGGAAUCAAACUGGAUGGCGUAUAUUGCUGUGGCUACAGAUGAAGGGAAGGCUGUGUUGGGGAGGAGAGACAUUGUGAUUGCUUGGAGAGGCACUGUGCAGUCCUUGGAGUGGGUUAAUGACUUGCAAUUUAAUUUGGUUUCUGCGUCAAACAUACUUGGUGAGGAAGGUGAUCCGAAGGUGCACCAAGGUUGGUACUCCAUAUAUACUUCAGAUGAUUCACGCUCGCCUUUCAACAAAACCAGUGCCAGACACCAGGUCAUUGAAGAAGUUAUGAGACUAAUAGAGCAAUACAAGGAUGAGGAAAUUAGUAUCACCAUAACAGGGCAUAGUUUGGGUGCAGCAGUUGCCACACUAAGUGCAAUUGACAUUGUUGCCAAUGGACUGAACAGGCCAAAGGACAUGCCAAACAAAGCCUGCCCAGUUACAGCCAUUGUGUUCGCCAGCCCUCGAGUUGGAAACUCGAACUUUGAGAAGGUCUUCUCUGGCUACAAAGAUCUUCGAGCCUUGCGCAUUCGUAACGCUUUAGAUGUUGUCCCUAACUACCCAAUUUUAUUGGGGUACUCUGACGUGGGAGAAGAGUUGAAAAUCGACACGCAAAAAUCCAAGUACCUGAAGAGUCCUGGAGGAGUAGUGAGUUGGCAUAACAUGGAAGGGUACUUGCAUGGAGUUGCAGGAACCCAAGGGAGUAAAGGAGGGUUCAAGUUGGAAGUCAAGCGUGACAUAGCACUGGUAAAUAAAAGUGUUGAUGCUUUGAAGGAGGAGUAUCUUAUACCGGCGUCGUGGCGUUGUGAGAAGAACAAGUGUAUGACUCAACUGGAAGAUGGUUCUUGGGUGCUCAAGGACCAUGAGGAGGAUGAUGAUCAAUUCUGAUUACUUUAGAUUCUUGAUUUCUUGAGUGGAUUUAUAUUUAGAAGAUAUCAGUUCUGUGUGUGUCUUGGUUGCUCUGUCACAUGAUAUAUAUGUUGGAUUUGGCAUUAAAUCAACAUGCCUAAACUAAAACAAGAAUCAAACAAGGAUUAUGAUAUCUUGGAUGCAAGAUAUUUGGAUUUGUGUUUCCUAAUUGGUUUGGGAUUUGGUUUUAGUAUAGGAUUUGGUUUCCUAUAUUCUAGGGACUUUGUGUAAACCUAUGACAUCUAUUAGUAUAAAUAGAUGGAUGUGGGAUAGAGUUUUGUGUGAAAGUUUGUGAGAGGCAUAAGUUUGUAUACUUGAGAACACUAUGUGUUUGUGAGUUCUCUUGUAUUUAUUAAUAAUCAAUAAAGCUUCUGUUGUUAGAGAGAUA